GUUGUGAUAAACUUAUUAAAUAGGAGUUUAUGAUUUGUUUGCUUUGACGCCAUUGUUAUUUCUUUGUGGACUAAAUGAUAAUGAAGGAGUUUGUCUUUCCCUUAUGCAGGGAUGACCUGCUAGUCCAGGGCAGCAGGGAGACAUUUUACGUGUCCAAGAGACUCUCAACACCUCAGCUGGCCCAGGCUGUCAAAGAAGCUGCAGAUGAAGUUUCCAGUGGUCCUGGCAAAGGAAGUUUGACUUCAUUCUCGAGUGACUUGGUCUCAUCCUCGGGAGUGGUGAAGCUGGCCAAUAAAUUCAACGUCUAUUUUUCACUGAUUAUCGAUGCCAAAAAAGUGCAUAUCGACACAGUGAACACUGCAUGGCAAAGUUGCUUGGACGCACUCUCCAAAGUUAUACGAUUGAUGACAAGUACUGGAUUUAAUGAUAAAGCGACCGGCGAAGAGUUACAGUCACUGAGGAAUGGACUGAAAAUGACAUGUUAUGUAAUCACAGAGCUGAUGUGUUUCUAUGAAGACACAAUUUCAUCUCAAGCAGAGAUAUCGUCUAUCGCCAAUCAGGGAAAACGACGAAAAAAACACUCGCAAGAUGUGUUCGGUGGUAAGAAUGGCAGCAAUGACUUGGUAGACGUAGACAAGUGGAGUGGGGAGAGGCAGAGAGCACUGAGUGAUUUGGCAGACUUGUUCGCAUGCAGGAAUCUCAGCUCACUCUGGGCCAAUUGUGGAGACAGUAGUGGUGGCGAGUCGAUGUCUGGUGCUGCGGUUGUAGAAGAGGCACUCGUCAGGGCAGUUCUAAAGUCUGUGGCACAGUGUCUGGAGAAUCCAGAGUUCGGCAAGAGCCAGGCUCAGAACAACAAAAGUGUAGUGGCCGAAUUGCUGUCUAAAAUUUUAUCGAAUAACCCACACCACGUGAAUGUGAUUGGGUCUAAGCUGGUGAAUGUGCUGAAGAUGAGUGAAAAGGCAGUGCCAAUGGUGGCAGAAGUGACACUCUCUCUUGUGCAGGGGUAUGGACACACACAACUGUUCGUCGAAAUGCUCAGGGAUAUAGGUCAUACUGACUCGGCGGACAGUGAGAUGGCGGCAGCUGCUGGGGGUCACGUGCAGGACUCGGAGGCCACAAGGUCUCUGGCCGCCUUCCUAUCCCUCCUCGCACCCAGACUGUCACACCUCUUCUUCAAGUGGUUCUGCUUCCUCAUGCCACACUUCCAGCAGGAGUCGUACAGUUUCCGAGUUGCGCUUUGCUUUAUAAGCGGCGAAGUACUUCUCUACGCAUUCAAGAAAAACACCCACGAUCCCACAGUGCCCACAAACACCAAUUUCAACAACCCAGAGGAAACGAACUGUCUCACGGAACAACAGCGCAAGUCCCGUGACGAACUUCUAGAUGAAUUGCAAUAUCACGUGCACGAUGUUCACGCGAAUGUCCGUGCGCGUGCUGUGGCAACGCUGAACAUGUUGAUCCGUGAAAUGGUAAUUCCAGUAAGCACGGCGGUUGAUCUUCUACAGUUCGUGGCACCGUCUCUGGACGAUACAUCGUCGAAUGUGCGAAAGAAUGUGAUUCAGUUUCUGACGUAUUUCAUCAUGUACUACCCGUACGCGUUCAGAUUUCGCAAGCAGGUGUUUGAAGCAAUGCUGAAUGAAGAGAAAGCGGCUCUUUUGAAAGUUCUUCAGGCAACGGACAAGGAAAACGAACAGUCGAAAAUUAUGACGCGCGAAGAUGCUGAGAAAAAGUGGGAUGAAAUGUCUCCCUUUGUGAUCAAAGCACUGCUGAAAGUGGUGAAUAAAAAAGAGACGACCUCGAAGAAAAUGAACAAAAUGGCAGUAGAUAAAGAGACGUCUUCUAUUAACGAAACGACAGAGGGCGAAGCGGAGGAGGCGGACAAAGGCGAUGAGGAGGGUAUGGAGGAAGGGAGCGAAGGACAGUCGAAGGAAGAUACGGAAAAGGCUAGAGUUGACAAGUUGACUAUAAUGUUGGCAACUGUGAGAAACAACCUAGAAGCCGGUUCCUACAACGAAGCUAUAGAGGGUAUUCAGAAAACUCAGGAGGAAUUUCCAACUUGUCCCCUGUUCCUGGCAGCCUCGAAGUACCCUGGGGAGGGCGAAGGUGGAGAAACGAGUAUGAGGGGGGAUACUUCUUCGGUGAUGAUGGAUGAGUCACAGUCGGAAGCGACUAGACAGAGGAAAUUGAGAGAGAGGAAAAUGGCAGUGUUGCACGAUCUGCUCAAAGCUGUCUACAUUGCACCCUAUGCGAAACUGUCAAUCAACUCGGAUGCGAUCAAGUCGAAGAUGAUGAACAAUGGAAGUGGGGAGAAUAGUGAUCCAAACUCUACUUCGUCAAAUGAUCAGAUGAGUAUGAGGCAGGAUCUGCAGCAGAUCUUAAAUGAAUUGGACAGCAUGACACAAGAUCAGAUCGAAACUCUCAUUCAGAAGUUCAAGACCAGAAUUAUCUUCCUUCAGAAGUGUGUCAAGAUCCAGAAAAUCUACUCGCGCUUUGCCAUCCCCUCCGCCCUCAACUUGCUGCACUCGUCCACUGCCUCUGACGUCACAGCAGCUGUGGACUUCACUGUCGUCUGCUCCCAGUAUGCAGUGGAUACUCCGGGUGGACAGAGACAGCUGAUGGGACUGUUGGCAUGUGAGGAUGUGGCUAUCAGAACAGCUGUGGUGGCUGGUUUUGAAAGAAUGUACUUUAAUGGAACAGGCGACCAAAGCAGAGCCAGUAGCAUUGCCGAAAAAUUUUUGAACCUCGCACGUUCUGACAACUGUGGCGACUCGCACUCCUCUUGGCUUUCACUACAGAACUUAGUUUGUGAGUUCGUUCGCAUGGACCUUCUGAAUGACCGUGUGAUCAACUACUUAUGGGAGGUAUUCACAAACAAACACGAAGACGUCCACACAUCCGAGGAUCGAACCCGAGCCCUGGCGCUCAUUGCGAUGGUGGCAAAAGAGAAACCGAAGGUUGUGCAGAGUAAUGUGAACGUAUUGUUGAAAUAUGCUCUCCAGAAUCACGGUCCGUUUGAAGAAAGUUAUCUGGAAUUUAACCUGCCAAUGGCGACACAGGCAUUAAAUGCUAUCAGCUCGCUUGUGCAGACGGCAGACGCUAAAACUAAUGACCCUAAGGAGCCCUCGUUCAAGCUUUCUUCCAAUGAUGAUCUCUUCGUGCACAUUUCAAGAAUCAUCACUCAAGGAAUCAGCUGCGUGACGAAAGCUUCCUGGAUCCAAUUCACAGCACUAGCAGUCAAACUGAUAUUUUCAACCAUGCCAGACCCAGUCAAAGAAGUUACACCAAUCUUACUAUCUUGUUUCGAAACUCUUCAAUCUCAGAAUCUCAUCCACAAAGAACAGGAUUACGAAGUUAUAGUCUCGAAUUUGAGCCAAGCUAACGAGGAAAUUGUGAGACGGUUUCUGUCGUUGUUGGGACAAGUUGCAGUUAAUUUUGUAGCUUUUUUGGAAAUUAAAGUCAUGAAUGACAUAAAAUCUCAGAAGCAAAAAUGCGAGCAAGAUGCGGAGAAUCGACGAGCGUCGCAACGAGCAGCUAAGAGUGACACUGUAAAUGGCGGUGGGAAGAAUGGGAAUAGAAAAGGGGCGGGGGAGAAAGUGGGAAGAAAAGGAAGGCUGUCGACUGCGUCUGAUAUGGCAGCGGGUGAUGUGAGUACUAUGGGCUCGACAGCAGCCUUGACAGACGUGAGCAUGAGCAGAAGUGUGAGGAAAAGAGCGGGACGAUUGAGCUCGGCUACUGCGAAUUCGGAAUCGUCUCAACUCGGAGGCGGACACACAGCGGCCCUCCUGAACAACUUAGUGGACGAGAGUGCAGACUACGUCAAACACAUUUUGGACGAGGUGGUGGUCACUGGAGCAGACGGACUGCUGGCCCAAUUUGUGCCCCUAAUCACAAGUUGUAUUCUGCCAGUGGGACAAGCUGCUCAGGCUCAGAGUGAAAGAGGCGAAAAGAAAACAAUGCCUAGCGCGCAAAUUAGAGCUAGUGCAACUUCUACACUGGCUAAAUUUAUGGUGGUAAGUGAGGUUUUCUGUCGACAAAACCUGCGAGUCCUUUUCACCAUCAUGGAAAAAGACCCAGACCCUACGAUCCGAUCUUCCGCUUUAAUGUUCACAUGGGAUCUAAUCAUGUGCUUCCCAAAUGUCAUAGAACCCUGGACUCCAAACGUUUACGCCAGACUACAGGACAAGAGUGACCAAGUGCGGCUCACUUGUGCAAACACAGUGUGUCAACUGAUACUAAAAGAGAUGAUAAAGGUCAAAGGUCAAAUAAGUGAACUGGCCAAGUGUAUCAUUGACCCGAACGAGCAAAUAGCGUCGCAGGCUAAAUAUCUGUUUGGGGAGUUGGCGAAGAAGAAUAAUUUGCUGUAUAACGUAUUGCCUGAUUUGAUCAGUCGCUUGUCGAGUAACAACGCAGAUGAAGAUGAACAAAUUCAGAAAAUCGAUGACGUCAUAACCAAUGAAGCUGAAGCUGAAAAUGGAGAGCAAAACAAAGAUCGUGAAAAUAAGCAGAAAGUGUUAACAAGUAGUGACGAUGAAGAUGACGAAGAUCAGGAGGGUGAAGGUCAGAGGUCAAAGUUCAACGCAGUGAUUGGACAUAUUAUUAAGUUGCUGCCAAAAGAGAAGUUAAACGAGGCGUUCAUUGAGAAAAUGUGUUUGAGGUUCCGAGUUGUCAAUGACUCGAGAGUGCAAUGUCACCACAUUGGUUACGUUCUCUCACUCUUGCACUACACGGACCGGGGCUUCCAAAAGCUGCAAGACAAUAUUCCCAACUACGCACCCUGUCUACGUCACGACGAACAUCUACUGGGCUGUUUCAAAUCUAUAGUGGAUACAUACAAGAAAUCUUGCAAACCCGAAUCCAAAUCGGCAGUAGCUGAAUUUGAGUCGGCUUUGCAGACGGCAUUCUCGGGUUCGAAUGACGCAGAAGGUGAGGACGGUGAUGAAAAUUCGGAGCCGAAUGGAGCAGUUGUUGCCGAAAAUGACCGAACACCGAGGUCGACUCGAGCGAGCCGACAGACAUCGAGUUCACUCCUCGCAAGACAAACACGGGGUGUGAUGUCCCAAAAACCGAGUAAAGGAAAUAAUCAGACGAAGCAAACGAGAAGUAGACGGGCAGUUGUAGAAGAUUCGAGCGAGGAUGAAGAUGUAGAAAAUGAAAUACCAGAAGAAAGUUCUCAAAAUGAAAGUGAAGUGAACUCGAGUCAGGAUGAAAUCAAAAAAGAGAAGCCGAAACGUGUGGGAGCUGAGAAGAAAGCUGAACGUGGGACAUCAAUAAAACGCUCUAUAAAUUCGCCGGUUCUCAAUAGAUCGUCCACUCGAAGAAGUAGCAGACAUGUUGUUUUGUCUCCCUUUUCUGAAAGCCAAAGACAGCCAGAAGGAAAGCGUCUUCGGAAAAAAUAAAAUGCAGCGAGCGAAGUUAAUCUAACUUCAAAUGGACUUUUUAAGAGUGAUAAAUUGUGUUUUGAAAAAUAUUUGAUUUAUUAACCAUGGAUUUUCAAAUUGUAAGUCGCUAAUCUAUUUGUCUCUGCGUUUUUGAGUCUUCGUUUGAAAUAAUUUUGUGAUUUGUUUCAAAAUAAUUAUUAUUGCUUUUUGCGUCCUAGAUUGUGAAUUGAAUUUAGUUUCUGA